CCUGGGCUGCAGCCAAUGCAGACCCUGGCCUGGGUGGAGAAGGACAGCGAUGUAUAGACUUUGUGAUGACAGGAUGUCCUGAGAAUGACAGACGAGCGAGUGAAAGACACGAUGGAGGAGUUUCUUCUCUCCCAUGGUUACCAGAUGGGCAAAACCAUUGGAGAAGGAACAUAUUCAAAGGUCAAAGAAGCCUUUUCAAAAAAACACCAACGAAAAGUGGCUGUGAAAAUUAUAGACAAACUGGGAGGACCAGAAGAGUUUAUCGAGAGAUUCCUGCCUCGAGAGCUCCAGAUUGUCAAGCGCCUAGACCACAAGAACAUCAUUCGGGUGUAUGAGAUGCUGGAGUCCACAGAUGGAAAGAUCUACCUGGUGAUGGAGCUGGCAGAGAACGGCGAUGUCUUUGACUGUGUCCUGCAAGGAGGACCUCUGCCCGAGAGCCGGGCCAAAGCGCUCUUCCGUCAGCUGGUAGAAGCCAUCCGCUAUUGCCACAGCUGUGGGGUGGCGCAUCGUGACCUCAAGUGUGAAAAUGCCCUGCUGCAGGGGCUCAACCUGAAACUGACAGACUUUGGAUUUGCCAAGUUGCUCCCCAAGAACCGCAAGGAGCUGAGCCAGACCUUCUGUGGCAGCACGGCCUACGCAGCCCCCGAGGUGCUGCAGGGGGUGCCCCACGACAGCAGGAAAGGCGACGUGUGGAGCAUGGGCGUGGUCCUUUACGUCAUGCUUUGUGCCAACCUGCCCUUUGACGACACAGACAUUCCCAAGAUGCUUUGCCAUCAACAGAAAGGGGUCUCCAUCCCCGGCCACUUGGGGAUCUCUGAGGAAUGCCAAGACCUUCUCAAAAGCCUCCUGGAACCAGACAUGAUCCUGAGGCCUUCCAUCGAAGAAGUGAGUUGGCACCCAUGGUUAGCAAGUUCCUGAGGAUGGGACCGUGUCGAAAUUCUCCCCAAAUAAAAGGGGACAGGCUGUUUCCAAAAUGCUCACAUAUAUUUUAACGUUAUCUCAGUUUCUAGUCUAUCCUUAAUCCACCGAGAGGCAUUUUAAACAUUCCCCUCUCGUCAGGAACUGCAUUCCCUUCUUCAAAGAUGACUGCGCGGGUGGUUAGAAAUUAGUCAGACCAAGAAAAAUGGUGUGAAGGUGUUUCCUUGCUGAAAUUUAUUUCUCAGACACACAGAAUCACUUUGCAAUGUUAAAUCUAAGAAAUCUCCCAUAGGAUUCCUCCUGGGCCGUUCUUCAAUAACACACCAUCCAUUGGUCUCCAGAAUAUCCCAGUUGGAAAAGGGAAGGAGGUGCUGUCAUGCACCAAGCCAACGUACUGAUCCAUCUAGCAUUAUAAUCCAAAUGAGCUGCUAGAACAACUCUGUUCCCAACCUGGUGCCUUCCAGAGGGGUCAAAAUGACCAAUCUCAGAAUUCCUAGCCAAAGUUUCCACAUAUCUUGGGAUGAGGAGGAUGUGGUAUGUUCUAAGACAGACCUUUUCUGAGCCCCCAAGACAGAAAUAAAGAACCUGGAGACUACCAGGAACUGAACGUGGAGCUCAGCUAUACAAAAUAUGAGCUCCAACAAGUGACGGCCUCUCCAGGAUUUGUUCUGUAGUACACAAAAUGUUUUGAAUUUGAAAAGAGUCAAACUGGAAACCCCACUUUGAGUGCAAAACAGGCCAUCUUGAAAACGUGGGGAACGGAUCAGUUGUUUCAAGAGGGAAAGACUAGAGGUUGAGACACACGCCUCUCUCAAUUAAUGAAAGAGCCUGUUUCCCAGAGUAACUCACACUCAGAAUGGGGCAUUUCAAAUUCAAAGUGGUUUGAAUUCUAAUAUACUGGGAGAGCUCCCAGACGCUAGCAAGGGAACAAGGCUCCUGAAAAGCUGCAGCACCUGUUAGAGGUUUGGUCCCACAACGUUGCCCUCUUCCGUCAGCACAGCCAGUGGCCUGGCUGGCUUUGGGGGAGAGCUAGAGUCCAACAUCUUUCACUUUAUGAACUUGGCGAGAGAGGUUGGGGCGUGUGAGCCUCACCGGCCUUGGCCUUCUGGCUGGCUGAUCAGCAAGUGUGUCUUAUCAAAUCCUCCGGGCACUGCCAAGUUCUAUUGCGGCAAUGCUCCUUGCACUCAUUGUGUCUGGCACAGAAUAAGGGCCCAGGCCACCCGAGGUAUUUGCUCAGAAGAUUACAGAGGAUGGGGGGAAAAAAAUCACAAAACCCAUAUGAAAUUGUUUCUGUAGAACUCCUUUAAUUGCCAUUAAUGGCAAAUCUGUAAAAGGCAAAGUCAUAAUUACAAAACUAACAGCUGUUAGUGUCACUUGUUCACCCCAGCUAGAGAACAGUCCAGGGAGAUGCCAUAUAAUUUAAACGUGAGAUAAUAUUGCACAACCAAGAAAAAGAAAACAAAGUACUUAUGGUGAAACUGGAGCCCCCGGAUGUCUCCCGGCACCAAGACUGGACUCUGGAGCAACGUUUCUUAACCUUGGCAACUUGCCACAAAUGGGGAGCCCUUCCUGUGGAUGGCAAAGCAUCUCGGGCUGUCCGUCUCAUCAAAGGGAGCCAGCCCACAAACCUUAAAAGUUGCUAAGGUGGGGAAGCGCUGCUCUAGGCUACCCUAUUCUGUCCCAUCACCACAAACCCUUAGAGCCGAGGAAGGAGGGGUGCUUUUCCAAGGACCAUCUUCCUCACAUAUUCACCUAUCAGCUGUUCUAGAAUCUGAACCAUCCAGUAAUGAGGCCUGGUCCAGAUGGGCCUCUUUAUGCAUUUUACACCCUCACUAGAGGUUGCUCAGCCCUUUAGGAGAAAUCACCAGAGUUCAAGACAAAUAUUCUCCUGAUCCAGAAAGCUUAGUCUGAUAUAUCCAAAGAGCAGCUUUCCCAGGAGUGAUGAAACUGGCCCUAGUACAAUGCAAGUAUCUUCAUCUUUAAGCACUAAAUUAUUCCAGAACUGCAAGCCUUCAUUUAGUUGGCUAAGUAGCCCAGCUGUCAUUUUCAAUCACAGCGGCUAGCAGCUCUUCAGAUUAAGCCAUGUUCAUGGAUUGUCACACAUCUAUCCACACUCCUUCAAUUUCACAGGGCCACCUGCAUGCAGAGGAAGUCGCUUUCCACUGGCCGAAUCACAUCCUUGCUCACAUUUCCCACAGAUGACCAAUUUGGAAAUCUCUCUUCCUCUUUAAUUUCUUCUAGUUUCAGGGAUGACUCCUAAGUCAAUUGUCCUUCAGACACAUGCUGAUUUUCAUGAUCUGGUGGCACAGGGGAGCCCCAAAAGCCAGUCUUUUACCUUAUCAGAAACACCUCAGUGACUCCGAGACCAAACAACUUCCACAGGCACCAUGUUCCCCUUCUCAACCCUGCACACCGAGUCUCCUUCUCAAGGGGUUUCCUCCCUCAGCUGCUGCUUAUAACAAGAAAGAGGAAAGAGAGGAGCAGCGGCAACUCCUCCCUCCCUCUCUGGCCCUCUGGGAACCCCUCUGAACGCUGCACCGCGGGAGGGAGAGACGGCCCGGUCAGAGCAGCUGUCAGGGUUACUGGCUGCUGCUGUCAUGCAGAUGCACUGGGGUCAAAAGGAGGGGGAUGGCUCCAGUCUGAAUCCUUCCCAGACGAGUUAAACCAGGGAUCUUGUCCCACCAGGGAGAGGUGUUGGCUUCAGACCCACUUCAAUGAGCCGGCAUCGGUUCCAUUCAAAUUCAGUUGGGUGUGUCGAGAAAGACCUCUUGGUGUAUUGUACUUCCAGAAGAUAAAUCUGCCUUUUGGACCCAUUUUUUAAAAAAAGCAUGAUGAAUUCUAAAGUGAGACUUAAUUAUAGUCAGACUCCACUGCAAUGCAGCAACAACUAAAUCAAGCAGAUCAAAAGGGGGGUGCAUCACUCUGCCCCCCCAUUUUCCCUAAAAAAAAAAGAGAAGAUG